AUGCUCGAGUGGGCGGCGUCCCGAGGACUUAUCAGGAUCUGUCGUCUGCUCAUUGACCGAGGAGCAGACAUUGACCCUCUAGGCGGUCCAAGUCCGCUCUGUAGCGCUGCAGUUCAGGGCCACGCAGAGAUCGUACGGCUAUUGCUCGACCAGCCGCGACGUUUGGACAUAGAAGGGCACGAUAGUUGGACGCCCCUUCAUGAGGCGUGCCAAAAAGGAUAUUUCGAAACAGCGAGCGUGCUUGUCUCUCGGGGCGCAAAUGUCAACGCUCUGACGCCCUGUGGUCGAACGCCGCUGCAUCUGGCUUGCUCUGGCGUCUGCGAUGGCAGCUUGGGAUUGGUGAAGCUGCUUCUUGAUCAGCCGGGGGUGAUCAUCGACGCCUUCGCUUCCCCAUGCGGAACUCCCUUGCACUGUGCGGUAUGGCAUCGUAGCAGCAAGACCGCCGCCUUGCUCCUCGCCCGAGGCGCCGAUGUCAAUGCCACGAUGUCAUAUCCCGCCGACGGUCGAAUUCUCAGCGGUGCGAUCAAAAGAGUUGACCUCGAUGCGCCAACAAGAGAAAUUCUCGCUGUUUAUGUCCCCGAUCUUUGUGGAAGAACAGAUCUUACCCCCCUUCACCUCGCCUGUCGGAUAAAUUGCCCUCAGUCUGUCAGUCUUCUAUGCGAUGCAGGAGCGAACAGAGAGGCUCGGGAUUCUUCCUUAGAGUAUGCCGCGCUCGCCGGCAGCGAGGAAGCAUUGCGCACCCUUCUUCGCUGUGGCGCCAACCCAAGGUCUCGUGCAAGCAACGGAAUCGACGUGCUGAAUAUGAUCAAUUCCGGAAUGGCUUGGUUCAACAACGCGGCGAAAGAGGAACGGAUCCGUGAGAUGCUGCUGCGGGCUGGAGCGACGAAGGAUACGCCAGAAGUCGAUGCGCCGUCGUCUUCUGGGGACAAGAUUGGGGCGCUACGCAACGAGUUGCCCUUCGCCGACUGCGAGAGAGACGAGCGGACUGUCGAAGAGAGCGCAGAGGGUUGUGGAGAAAAGGGCGCGUGACGCCUCGGUGAGC